AUGCCAACCCAGAGCGACCUCACCAUCGAUGCCGCCAAGUUUCAUCCAAGCAAUGUCACCGAGGAAGUAAAGAAAGUGAAUGAAUUUAUUGAAACCGUGACUAAGAAUGGACCGAAGUGGCAUGAAGUAGGGGUAGAGAAAUAUCGGCAGAUGCGAGAAACAGGCGAAACACCACUACCAGUACCAGUCUAUCUCCCAGAUGCUAUUGACGCAACUUUGCCAUCAAGAGACGCUGGCCGUGAUAUUCCUUUACGCGUGUUUAAGCCGGAAAAUGGUCUUCCAAGCAAGGGCAUCUUUCUCCAUUUUCACGGAGGAGGUUCGGAUACCCCUUUGAAGAUGUAUGCCAAUAAAUGCCAGCUUACUGCCAUCUCAGUUGGUUAUCGCCUCGCGCCGGAAGACCCCUACCCGGCCGGUAUAAAUGAUUGCAUUGAUGCUGCAGAGUACCUCGUUGACCAUGCAGAGAGGGGCUACGGAGCAAAGCUAACUCUUAUGGGCGGGGAAUCAUCUGGUGGCUGUCUAGCGGCAUUAACUGCAUUUUCGCUUAUGCGCUCACGUCCAAAACAUCAACUCACGGGCCUCAUCUUUCCGUAUCCCUGGCUCGAUAUUUCUCUAGGUUUACCAAAAGUGACCUCAUUUACCAAGCCGCUGGUGAUCAAUUAUACGGCGAUGCAGCAAUUUGCCGACGCUUACGCCCCUAAUAUGAGUAUAGAAGACAGAAGGCACCCUCAGCUCUCACCGCUAUACGAGGAUAUACAGAGUCUGGCUUUAGAAUCGCCUAGCUUAUCACUCCCACCAGCACUAUUCCUGUGUGGAACAGAAGACCCAUUGCUGGAUGAUACCCUUCUCAUGAGUAUAAAAUGGACAAUAGCAGGGGGAGAGUCUGUUCUAAAGAUUUAUCCAGGAUCCCCUCACGGAUUCAACGCUUUCGCAGGGACCAAGGCGGCCGAGGAUGGUAAGGCUAUCAUUCUUCAGUUUAUGCAGGAGAAGCUAGACGCCGCAGCCCAGACGCAGGGGAGUUGA